CUCAAAGACUUGGAGGUGACUCCAGUGAUGGAUGACGAUUUUUGUGAGAAAGCAGCUUUUAAUCAAAGCGUGCCUCUGCCCAAUUAUGCUCAAGGUUCCCUUGGCACUGUAGUCGCUCGGGUAGAUGCAGACGCCAUGUAUCGUAGAUGUCACUACCUCUACUAUGCGAAGGAAGUCAAGAGUAAACAAUGUCGAACUCGAUCAUCUCCUGCAGUCAAAGACUCGCAACCGAUAUUGUUGAGUGAGUUGCCAGCACCAGCCUAUUCUCCUUUAUCAUAUCAGAUUAGUCCAUGA